GAUCAUCCAACAUGGCCGCUUCUUGGACGAAAUUAUUGUUCAUUCGAAUACCGUGUGUUUUCUCCAAUUUUUCUUCGUCAGUUUCCCUUAGAAACUUUGUGAUUAAAAAUUGGAAAUAUUCGUCUUCCGUGGUAGAGAAUGCAGUAAGAUACAGUCCUUGCAGAGUUCAGAGGCAAUUUUCCCAUCGUAAUGAUUUUAUAUCAUUAUUUAAAAGUCAUCAAACUCAAACUCAUCAAGUCAUCAAAUACUCCAAAUAUCAUACUCUAACCCCAAAAGACACUCUGGAACCAAUAUUAUCCAUCAGAACUCCAACCAGGACGAACCUCCGCACAUUUCCAACUUUAAAUCAAAUUCAACGUGGAAAACGAGUGACAAAAAAGCGGAGACAGAAAUCAGUAGUGGCAAAAAAGAACCAGAUCUUGCAAGGGCCACAACGGAAAGGUGUUUGUGUUAAAGUCUUUAUUCGAAAACCAAAGAAACCGAACUCUGCAAACAGGAAAUGUGCCUUACUAAGAUUAAACAAUGGUCAGACUAUUAUAGCAUAUAUCCCUGGAGAGAAAGCUAGCUUGCAAGAACAUGGCGUAGUUUUGUUUGAAGGAGGGAGGGUGCAAGAUUGUCCAGGAGUUAGAUACAAGAUAAUUCGUGGAAAAUAUGAUAUUAAUUAA